GCCAGCCCCGGAGGUGGCGUAGAGGUGCCCAAAGUGCGCCUGAUAGUUGCGGACGCGGCGUGCGCUGCCAGCCGUGUCCUGAUGCGCGCCUGCUCGCUGGGUACUGAUAGUUUAGGGGCGCGGCGUGCGCUGCCCGAGGGGGCUGGAGCAUGCUGCCAGCCGUGUCCUGAUGCGCGCCUGCCCGCUGUGUACUGACGCCGGCGCAGGGUUGGUUCUGCCGUCGUGCUCUGCCUCGCCGCUGAUGCCCAGGGUCUGAGCUAGGGCUGCUAUGGGGAAGCUAUCUGCAGAGCUCUGAAGUAAGCUUGGCCACAUAGCUCCUGGUGAGGGCGACGGUGGUUGAUUUGUAACAGUCCUACAAUCGGCAACCGGAGCGCCUGUGGGCCCUGAGAGUGCCGUCGGUGUGAGAGGCGUCCAGGACAAACGACCGGACGAAGGCAGGGCUGCUGCUGGAGUCCUUCCGGACAGGGUCGGGAGGAGCGGCACAGGAGGACCUCAGCUCCGGCCCGUCAGGGAGUGCUCCAGAGGGAGAGUGCCCUCCGCAGUCGUGGGAUCGCGCCGCGUGUGGUCGGGCUGGACGCGGGCGGCCUGCCGCCGCUGCUGCCACCAUGGUGAAGGAGCAGUUCAGGGAGACGGAUGUGGCGAAAAAAAUAAGCCACAUCUGCUUUGGCAUGAAAUCCCCAGAGGAGAUGCGUCAGCAGGCUCACAUUCAAGUGGUGAGCAAAAACCUGUAUAGUCAGGACAACCAUCAUUCUCCGCUGCAGUAUGGAGUACUUGACCAUCGCAUGGGAACCAGUGAGAAAGACCGUCCCUGUGAAACCUGUGGGAAGAAUCUGGCUGAUUGUUUAGGACAUUAUGGGUACAUUGACUUAGAACUACCAUGUUUUCAUGUUGGGUACUUCAAAGCUGUGAUAGGCAUCUUACAGAUGAUAUGCAAAACCUGUUGCCAUAUCAUGCUGUCAGUGGAAGAAAAAAAGCAGUUUUCUGAUUACUUAAAGCGCCCUGGCCUUACAUAUCUUCAGAAGAGAGGGCUAAAAAAGAAAGUGUCUGAAAAGUGCCGAAAGAAAAACACUUGUCCUUACUGUGGUGCCUUUAAUGGAACUGUGAAGAAGUGUGGUUUGUUGAAAAUAAUACAUGAGAAGUACAAGACCAAUAAGAAAGCUGUGGAUCCAGUAGUAUCUACUUUUCUUCAGUCCUUUGAAACAGCCAUAGAACACAACAAAGAAGUAGAACCCCUACUGGGAAGAGCACAGGAAAACUUGAAUCCUUUGGUAGUAUUGAACCUCUUUAAAAGAAUCCCAGCAGAAGACAUCCCUCUGCUUCUGAUGAACCCAGAAGCAGGUAAACCUUCAGAUUUGAUCCUCACUCGACUUCUAGUGCCUCCACUGUGUAUCAGACCCUCUGUCGUGAGCGACUUGAAGUCUGGCACCAAUGAAGAUGACUUGACCAUGAAACUGACAGAGAUAAUUUUCCUCAAUGAUGUUAUUAAAAAACAUAGGAUAUCAGGAGCCAAAACACAGAUGAUCAUGGAAGACUGGGACUUUCUUCAACUGCAAUGUGCUCUAUACAUUAAUAGUGAGCUCUCAGGAAUUCCUCUCAACAUGGCACCUAAAAAAUGGACCAGAGGUUUUGUUCAGAGACUGAAGGGAAAGCAAGGUCGAUUUCGAGGCAAUCUGUCUGGAAAGCGAGUGGAUUUCUCUGGCAGAACAGUGAUUUCACCUGAUCCAAACUUAAGAAUAGAUGAAGUAGCAGUUCCUGUUCACGUUGCUAAAAUACUAACAUUUCCUGAAAAGGUGAACAAAGCAAAUAUUAAUUUUAUGAGGAAACUUGUCCGUAAUGGUCCUGAUGUUCAUCCUGGAGCUAACUUCAUACAGCAAAGGCACACACAGAUGAAAAGGUUCUUGAAGUAUGGAAACCGAGAGAAGAUGGCCCAGGAGCUGAAGUUUGGUGACAUUGUGGAGCGACAUCUGAUAGAUGGUGACAUAGUCCUGUUCAACCGGCAGCCCUCUCUACAUAAGCUGAGCAUCAUGGCUCACAUUGCAAGAGUAAAGCCUCAUAGAACAUUCAGAUUUAAUGAAUGCGUCUGUACGCCCUACAAUGCGGACUUUGAUGGAGAUGAGAUGAACCUUCACCUUCCUCAGACAGAGGAAGCAAAAGCAGAAGCACUUGUUUUGAUGGGGACAAAAGCAAACUUGGUAACACCGAGAAAUGGAGAACCUCUUAUUGCUGCUAUUCAGGAUUUCCUCACAGGUGCCUAUCUUCUCACGUUGAAAGAUACAUUUUUUGAUCGAGCUAAAGCCUGUCAGAUUAUUGCUUCUAUCCUGGUCGGCAAGGAUGAAAAGAUCAAAGUUCGUCUUCCACCUCCAGCAAUUCUGAAGCCUGUAACACUCUGGACAGGAAAACAGGUUUUCAGCCUCAUUCUCAAACCCAGUGACGACUGUCCUGUGAAAGCAAAUCUACGAACCAAGGGCAAACAGUAUUGUGGCAAAGGAGAAGACCUCUGCUACAAUGACUCUUAUGUCACAAUUCAAAACAGUGAGUUAAUGAGCGGCAGCAUGGACAAAGGAACCUUAGGUUCAGGAUCCAAGAACAACAUCUUCUACAUCUUGCUGAGAGACUGGGGACAGGUAGAAGCUGCAGAUGCCAUGUCACGACUAGCCAGACUUGCUCCAGUUUAUCUUUCUAAUCGUGGGUUUUCAAUUGGAAUUGGUGAUGUAACACCUGGGCAGGGUCUGCUAAAAGCUAAGUAUGAGCUCCUGAAUGCUGGCUAUAAGAAAUGUGAUGAGUAUAUAGAAGCUCUGAACACUGGCAAGCUACAGCAGCAGCCUGGUUGUACUGCAGAGGAGACACUAGAGGCCUUAAUCCUUAAAGAACUCUCAGUUAUCAGAGAUCAUGCUGGCAGUGCCUGUCUCAGAGAACUGGACAAGAGCAACAGUCCCCUUAUCAUGGCUCUUUGUGGUUCUAAAGGCUCAUUUAUUAAUAUAUCCCAGAUGAUUGCUUGUGUAGGUCAGCAGGCUAUCAGUGGGUCCCGAGUUCCUGAUGGAUUUGAGAACAGAUCCUUGCCUCACUUUGAGAAGCAUUCCAAGCUUCCAGCUGCAAAAGGAUUUGUUGCGAACAGCUUCUAUUCUGGGUUGACUCCCACUGAGUUCUUCUUUCAUACAAUGGCUGGUCGAGAGGGUCUGGUUGACACCGCUGUAAAAACAGCUGAAACUGGAUAUAUGCAGAGGCGGCUAGUGAAAUCGCUCGAAGAUCUUUGUUCACAGUAUGAUUUGACAGUCAGAAGUUCUACUGGUGACAUUAUACAGUUCAUUUAUGGAGGAGAUGGCUUGGAUCCUGCAGCCAUGGAAGGGAAGGAUGAACCGCUGGAGUUCAAGCGAGUUCUAGACAAUAUCAGAGCUGUGUAUCCAUGCCGAAGUGAACCAGCCCUUAGUAAAAAUGAAUUGGUCCUGACAUCUGAGUCUAUCAUGAAGAAGAAUGAAUUUCUUUGCUGCCAAGACAGUUUUCUGCAGGAAAUUAAGAAAUUCAUCAAAGCUGUUUCAGAGAAGAUAAAAAAGACUAGAGACAAGUAUGGUAUUAAUGACAAUGGCACAACAGAGCCACGAGUUUUGUAUCAGUUGGAUAGGAUUACCCCAACACAACUAGAGAAGUUUCUAGAGACUUGUAGGGACAAAUACAUGAGGGCACAGAUGGAGCCUGGAUCUGCAGUAGGAGCUCUUUGUGCACAGAGCAUUGGUGAACCCGGCACACAGAUGACUCUCAAGACUUUCCAUUUUGCUGGCGUUGCUUCAAUGAACAUUACUUUAGGUGUGCCAAGAAUCAAAGAAAUCAUUAAUGCUUCAAAGGCCAUUAGCACCCCUAUUAUAACAGCACAGCUGGACAAAGAUGAUGAUCCUGAUUUUGCCCGUCUGGUUAAAGGAAGGAUUGAGAAAACUUUAUUAGGAGAGAUUUCAGAAUACAUUGAGGAAGUGUUUCUUCCAGAUGACUGCUUCAUCCUAGUGAAGCUGUCUCUAGAGCGCAUUAGACUACUGAGGUUAGAGGUGAAUGCAGAGACCGUGCGCUACUCCAUUUGCAUAUCUAAACUCAGAGUAAAGCCUGGGGAUAUUGCGGUCCACGGAGAGGCAGUUGUGUGUGUGACCCCUCGGGAAAACAGCAAGAGUUCCAUGUACUACGUAUUGCAGUCCCUGAAGGAAGAACUACCAAAGGUUGUAGUGCAAGGUAUACCAGAGGUUUCCCGAGCUGUCAUUCAUAUUGAUGAACAAAGUGGAAAGGAAAAAUACAAGCUUCUAGUUGAAGGAGAUAAUCUACGAGCUGUUAUGGCGACUCAUGGAGUGAAAGGAACAAAAACAUCCUCCAACAACACUUACGAGGUAGAGAAGACACUGGGAAUUGAAGCUGCUCGGACAACCAUUAUCAAUGAGAUUCAGUAUACAAUGGUGAACCACGGCAUGAGCAUUGACAGGAGACAUGUGAUGUUGCUGUCUGACCUAAUGACUUACAAGGGUGAAGUGCUGGGCAUUACCAGGUUUGGACUGGCAAAAAUGAAGGAAAGUGUGUUGAUGCUGGCUUCUUUUGAAAAGACUGCAGACCAUCUCUUUGAUGCUGCUUACUUUGGACAGAAGGAUUCUGUUUGUGGUGUUUCUGAGUGCAUCAUCAUGGGAAUUCCGAUGAAUAUUGGAACAGGGCUUUUUAAACUGUUGCACAAAGCAGACAAAGAAUCAACCCCUCCUCGGAGGCCUCUGAUAUUUGAUAACAAUGAGUUUCAUAUUCCCAUUGUUACAUAGCACUUGAAGGUAGUACAAGGUAGCAAAAGAAGAAAUAGCUGGAAAGCUUAACUGACGUUAAGAAAUGUGUAUUAUCAGUUGUCAGCCUCAAUUACUGUGAACUGCUACGUGAAAUACCAUCCAAAGGAUCCUCCCAUUGUUUACCUCCUGUUGCUGCUACAGAUCUUGAAAGGAGAGGCUUCUCUGCACCACAAAGCAAAAGCUGACAACAUUUUCCUUUUAUGUGCUAAAACUGGAUCUUUGUGUUAAUGGGUGGAAACUGUUCUUAUUAACUCAGUAUCAGACAUGCAUCAUUGGAUGUGAUAAAUAAAACCAAAACUGUGAGACAGUUCUGUGUGCUUGCACACAGUGCCUUGAAAAUGGCCUUUCAAGUGGAGCUGCAGAGGUCAAUCUAGCUGCUAAAAUCAGGGAUGUGAGAAAGCUACAGCUGGAUCUCUGAGUCGUUCAUACUGAGGUAAACUUAGGGAGUGCUGUUGAAUGUGUUUGAAACAUUUGCUCUUUGCUAGUGUUUUGUUGGGUUUUUUUAAUCCUAAAUUACUAUCCAGUAAAUGUUUGUUGUUUUGUUUUUUCCCCCAGAAUUGUGCUUUGUGAGGUACUUGCAAAAAGCUACAGAUCAUAAAGCUGUUAACAAGUUCUGAGAAGACUGUUAUAAAAGCAUUACAAAUCAUAAAUAGCUUUUCAUAGUAUAGCAGCUCUUAUGCUGUUGGAAUCUGUCAUUUUUAGCAGUCUUAGUUAAGGCAAAGUUUCAUAACUGUUCAAGAUCAUCCAAACAACCUAGUUCUGUUUGAAUAGAUAAACUUCACAUAGAAAAUGAAGCUGUUUUCAUGCCUUGUCAUGAAAUAAUUUGGAACUAUGGUAAUCUUUAGCCCACUAGAGCAGUCUUCAGAAUGAGUAGAGAUUUUUGAGUUACUUCAAGUGUAGUAUGUUUACAUUUGGAGGAAAAGUAUCUUCUUUCUAUUUUCCCUCAGCAUUAUUCAGAUAUUCAGUAUCAAAUCAUAACAUGGGUCAAGGUUAGAGAGAAACCACACAGCACAAACAGUGAGAGAAGCUGAAGUUGUUCAGUGAUGAGAUAAAAGCAGGCUGCUGAAGGAUCUUGCAUUUGAAAACGAAUGAUUUUGUGCUGCAGUUUUUCUUCAUGUAUCAACUGAAAGUCAGAGAAUGUACAUUAGUUGCUGUAAGUCCUAAGGUGCCAUGGUGUUUAUUUUUUCACUUGCCCUCCAUGCAGAGAAGACCUGGAGUGAAACUCAGCAUAGCUAUUCUCAAAUUAUUUUGGACUUCCAGUGCGAUACUGAGGUGAACUUCUGCCUAAAUUUUGGCAGGGUAAAGAUAGAGACUGUAAUGCAUUCUCUGCACUAAAAGCCAUAUGUAUUUUGCUGUCUUCCAUUUAACAACAGAAACAUCAGAGUAAGUUCAUUUCCUUUGUGAUCUCAGUGAGAUUGCCAAUGGCUGAUGUAUCUGUAUAGAAGUCUAGCUCAAUUUCUUUGAUAAGAUGUAAGUACAAUACACCUGGGCCCAAAUGGAGGGAAGCCCAGAACACUUCCUGUGCAUGAGCACUUCACUAUAUCUGGGCAAAUUUUACUCAAAGUGCUUGGUAGUUUUGUGAAUAAAUAUUCUUAUGAAGGUGUAAAUGAGCAGAACUGGUCUCAGAGUGAGUAACCACCUUUUUUCAUGUAAAAAGAUGCAUUUCACUGUAUUUAAGUGGUGGGUUUACUUAUUCAUGUUAUUCAGUAAAUUACAUCUGCUAUCAUUGUCUUUAAUAUGACAAUAAAAAGAGGGCAGAAAUAAAGAAA